UUAUUAAACCUAAACAUCAUAUGGACUACUGGAUUAUAGAAUUAAUCUGAAUAGAAGAGGAUAGUGUCAGACGACACCUGGUAAUACCACACAACCAAUUUGCAAAAUCCCAAAGAUUCCAUGUUUUAAUAUUCUGGUACUAAGCUAUUUCUGGCAUAUUAUGCUGCUGGGCUCAGGUACUGCCAGGGCUUUUUUCAAUGUGUACGCUAACUAUCUACUAUACGCUAGACGCAGGUGUAUAUAUAGAGACAAUGGGCUAAGGGAUGUGCUACUCAUUAGAUACGUACCGUUUGCAUCAAGUUAUGUGCAUAAUAGACGGAAUGAGGAGCAUUUAGGGCUAGCUGUGCAUUCGGAGGAUGGUAGUGAUAUUAGACAAGUGUUAUCUAGGCCAACCCAGGACCAGAAGCUCGUUAAAUCAGUUAAGGACACCGACAUUGCUUAUGAACCAUAUUGGGAUGACGCUAGAAUCCAUGAUCUAGAAACCGAGAGGCCGGAUUUAGUAGUUCGGGGUACAGUGGUAAUUCCUGCUUUCGCCACUACUGAGGCUAAAGUCGUUAUAAACCCAACCUAUAAUCGCACAGACUCUGCGGAAGAUGCAGAUUCCAGUGAUUCGGCAAGUACCGUUGCUAGUAUUGGUGAAUAUGACACUAUAUCUCGCGAGUCACCAUGCAGUGAUCUAGGCCUUAGUCCCCAAUCAUCUGGGAGGGUGACCAAAAAACAUCCAUGUACCAAUAGAAAACGGAAGCUGACAGAUGUUAAUCAUGACUCCGACCCCAAUGUUGCCUCGAGCAAUCCCGAAGUGCGUAUAUUCGGGUUCCUUUCUAGGAACCGUGCAUUUCACGGGGACGAGGUGGUUGCAUUACGUCAGCGCCGUUUAAGGAACACUACAACAGAUAGCUAUCGUUCGCUUGGCAUUGCUAAUGAAUGCCGGGUUAUCGCAGUUACUAAAAGGUCUCCUUCACUGGACAAUUUCGUUGUGGUGAUAGAUGAGGAUGCAAUUAGCAAGUCAUCGGGAGGCUGUUUUAAAUGCCAGCCUCAGGAUACUCGUUGGCCGGCUUUCAAUGUUAAUCUUGAAUGUCUAUCUCCCGAGAUCCAAGCUCACUUGAGUCGUUUGCCUAAGAAUGCGAAAUAUUUUGGUUUAAUGCGAUUCAUUAGUUGGGAUGAGAAUGACAUAGAGCCGAGUGGUGUGAUUACUAGGGUUAUUGGUGACGUUACAGAGCCUUACUCCAGGAUGUACUCCCUGAUGGUAUUUCGUGGCCUUAACCCCAAUGGCUUCUCUGAUGAAGUAUUACGUAACCUGGACGACCUUAUACAGCAAGCGGAGCUAACCAAAUACGACAAUAGGCACGACCGUCGUGAUCUCACUGUUAUCACUAUAGACCCCCAAGAUGCCAAGGAUUUGGACGAUGCCUUAUCCGUGGAAACUAGAUGUCUAGAUGGUAAAUAUGUAUACACUGUUGGUGUACACAUCGCCGAUGUCAGCCACUAUGUCACUGAGGGUUCCCUGGUGGACCUGGAUGCCCGGGAAAGGGCCACCUCGGUAUACCUAGAGCACCAGGUAUUUCCUAUGUUGCCUCAGAUGUUGAGUGAGAAAUUGUGUUCCCUUCUUCCAGGUAGUGAGAAGCUAUGUUUUUCCAUGUUUGCUGACCUUUCGGAGGACCCAACUGGCGGUGAGCUUGUUGGUAACAAUUUAUACAUAUCGAAUCAAACGUUCCAACUCACUCGCAUUGUGAGUGACAGCCGGUUAAGUUACCAAACUGCCAAGGAGAUUAUUUAUCGACGGUUGGAGGACUGCGACUUGGGUAUUUCAUCAGAUUUGUCAACAAUGGAUAUCCCAACGUUCCACCAAAGGUUAAUUGAUCUAGAGUUACCUAAUUCAUCAAGUACCAGUAAAAACUCCAUAUGGCCUCCGUUGGUUAUACUUUAUUAUUUGUCAAGGAAACUGAGGGACUACAGGUUGAGGCACCGUGGCGCUGUAACUGUGGACACCACUGGUAGUUACAAGUGCCAUAUCCCCAAUAUUGAGAGUGGAGCCGAUAUACUCCGCAUCGAGCACGUGCCAAAGGAGAGCCACGAGCUGGUUGAGGAGAUGAUGCUACUUGCCAAUACUCAGGCGGCUCAACUUCUUUCUAAGAGCUUUGACCGUUACUUUCUCAGGGUCCACGAGAACACAUCCAAGGCUAUAAAGCAGUUGAUUUCAUCAAUGAUGCCUCCUGAGUUGAAGCAGCUUAUUAAUCCCGAUGUUUUGCAGAUACCGGAGGUUUUACGCAAGUGCGCUCACCAUAUGGAGCCCACUGCAUUCCAAUCUUUGAGCUUUGCCGCUUUACAGCAGUUCAAGGAGGCUGUAUAUUCCCCUAUUAACAAGGACGUUACAUCAUCCAUGUCAGUUACAGGUCAUUGGGGCCUAGCUUUGCCUAUGUACCUUCAUUUUACCUCUCCAAUUCGGCGUUAUUCUGACUUGUACACCCAUCGCAUGUUGAAAUCGGUUAUUAGCAACACUCAUUGCGAGCAAUCGUUGAAGGUGCUGGACGACAUUUGUAAACAGUGCAACUUGCAGAAGCGCAGGGCCUUCGAUGCCCAAAAGGAGUAUAAGAAUUUUGCCUUUAAUCAAUAUCUUAAAUGGGCAUGUGCGGAUGAGAACAGGCCCAAGUUGUUAGAGGGCAAUCGUGAAUUCUUGGCCAAAGCGUUUAACGGCAAGGGCGCAGACCUUUGGGGGAUGCUUUACCAUGAUGCCUGCGUGUUCUCUAUUGUAUGUAACUACGGCCAGGAUGAGGUUCAUCACAACAAGACUAGCAUUGUAUUCUACAUCCCGCUUCUCAAUGAGCAGCGUAGUUUAAGUUGUGAGACUCUUUGUUUAGAGCCCGUUCAGGUAGUGAUUGACGGCGAGAAGGUUGACAUUGAGGACUCAACCAAGCAAAGCUGCAUUGUUGAUAAUUACCACAAGGAGAUCCAGCACAAUGCUGAGCGCGAGAAGCAUGGUAGUGGCAUGGUACAAUCCCUGAAGGUUCGAAGGGACGGGAACAUAAUCACAUUAUCGCAUUUUCAGAAAGUCACUGUAGUGCUCAUUCCCGGUUCAGUCAUGUGGUCACUAAGACUUGCUAAUGAUGCUUAGUAACAAUAGAGUGUUACAUUCAGUAUAACUAUGUAGUA